AUGCCGUUGUGGUGGUACGGUCCCGAUUGGUUAAUAAAAGACGAAAAAGAUUGGCCCAAAUCAAAUAAAAACGAAAAAAGUUUAAAUAUAGAAAUACCCGAAGCUCGGUCAGUGACCUUAUCUGCCGUCGACAAGGAAGCAUUUUCACAAGAAAUUAGAGAUUUGACCAAUUUGAAUAAAAUAGCUGUAUCAAGCAAGUUGUUUCAACUAUGUCCGUUUUUAGACGAACAUAAUGUUUUACGUGUAGGGGGAAGACUGAAAAAUGCCACUACGUUAGACGUACAACAACGUUAUCCAAUCGUGUUGCCGGCGAAGUGUCAUUUUACACGAUUAAUAUUUAAGUACGAACAUGAGCGAUGCAUGCACGGCGGUCCGCAUGCAACACUAUGUUCGGUACGAUCGAGAUACUGGCCAUUAAACGGACGAAAUUUAGCCAGAAGUACAAUACACGAAUGCGUAACAUGUUUUCGUUAUAAACCGGUAGUCGUGCAGCCGAUUAUGGGUAAUUUACCCAUGGAACGAGUAGAACCGACGCGCGCAUUUUUACGUUGUGGUAUUGAUUAUGCGGGUCCUUUUAUGAUUAAGACAAGUAUGCGCCGAAAUGCUCCGUUAGUAAAAGGGUAUGUAUGUAUUUUUGUUUGUUUUUCAACGAAGGCAGUACACAUCGAACUAGUCGGAGAUUUGAGUACAACAGCAUUUAUUAACGCAUUAAAUCGAUUUUUUGAUCGACGAGGAAGAAGUACAACUAUUUUUACCGAUAACGCGACUAAUUUUGUCGGGGCAAAUCGUAAAAUGAAGGAAUGGAGCGAUCUAUUUAACUCAGAACAACAUAAAAAAAAGGUACAAGAAGCUUUAGCAGACGUUGGUGUCCAAUGGCGAUUCAUACCCCCGCGGUCGCCGCACUUUGGAGGAUUAUGGGAGGCAGCCGUCAAGUCGAUGAAGCAUUUACUACAGAAAACUGUAGGGAACGCUCACUUGUAUUUUGAGGAACUUAGUACUGUGCUUACGCGCGCUGAACCCUGCCUAAAUUCCCGACCUAUUACUCCUAUGUCAUGUGACCCAAAUGACAUAUCCUUUUUGACCCCAGGUCAUUUCCUUAUAGGCGAUUCACUCUUAUCUAUACCAGAACCCGACUUGUCAAAUAUACCGAUAAGUCGCUUGACGCGAUGGCGAAAAGUAACACAAUAUUCGCGAACUAUUUGGCAAAAAUGGAGUCGUGAGUACUUGAAUCAGCUCCAAGAGAGAAAGAGGUGGGCUGGUGCCAAGGGACCUAAACUAGAAGUGGGUACUGUAGUAUUAAUACGAGAAGAUAACAUCCCUCCGUUAAAAUGGCGUUUAGGUCGAGUUAUAAAAAUUACUGCUGGCAGUGACGGGGUGGUGCGAGUCGCUGAAGUCCGCACGUCGACGGGACAGUUUACACGGGCAGUUCGAACAUUAUGUCCUUUGCCAUUUAAGGGAAAUAAUAUAGAUUAG